AUGCAGAAUGAGAUUUUGCCUGUGGAAUGCAAGAACGUGUUUAUAGGGACAGAUGCUGUCUGGGAAAUGGUAAAGACAUCAGAAAAUGACGCCACUAUGGUCAAAAGAUCUGCACAUCUUUUUCCAAAUGAGGAUCUUCUCAGUAAAAAGAUGUUGUUAUAUCCUUGCAGUCUGAAUCCGUUGGUAGUCUUGGAUUCAGCUCCCAAUGCCACGGGUCACGCAUUGACGCUCAAAAUAGAAGAGAAGUUUCUUCGCUAUCUAAAAGCCCUGUAUGCGAAUGCUGGCUCAAAGAAUCGCCAGAUCCGGGUUCUUCGAGGAGAGGUACCAAGACAAAAUGGAGGCAUUGACUGUGGCCCAAUGGUCCUCAGCUCUAUUCUAAAAGUUGUUGAAAAUGCAAGUAUAAUUGUUUACAUCAAAUCUUUUUUUUAACUGGUUGCGUGGAGCAGCAACAUUGCG